GGCAGCCUGCGGGUCUCUCCUUCCUGGCCAGGCCCUGUGAUCUGAAGACUAUUUUGCCAACCAUGGCAUCUGGAGAUGACAGUCCUAUCUUUGAAGAUGAUGAAAGCCCUCCUUAUAGCCUGGAAAAAAUGACAGAUCUCGUAGCCGUUUGGGAUGUCGCUUUAAGUGAUGGAGUCCAUAAGAUCGAGUUUGAACAUGGAACCACAUCAGGCAAACGAGUUGUAUAUGUAGAUGGGAAGGAAGAGAUAAGAAAAGAAUGGAUGUUCAAACUAGUGGGCAAAGAAACCUUCUGCGUUGGAGCUGCAAAGACAAAAGCAACCAUAAAUAUAGAUGCUGUCAGUGGAUUUGCAUAUGAAUAUACUCUGGAAAUUAAUGGGAAAAGUCUCAAGAAGUAUAUGGAGAACAGGUCAAAAACCACCAAUACUUGGGUAUUGCGUUUGGAUGGUGAGGACUUUAGAGUUGUUUUGGAAAAAGACACUAUGGAUGUAUGGUGCAAUGGUAAAAGAAUGGAGACAGCAGGUGAGUUUGUAGAUGACGGGACUGAAACUCACUUCAGUGUUGGGAACCAUGACUGUUACAUAAAGGCUGUCAGUAGUGGGAAGCGGAAAGAAGGGAUUAUCCAUAGUCUCAUUGUGGAUAAUAGAGAAAUUCCAGAGAUUCUUGAAUGACUUCAUGAUAAUGAAUUUUAAUCUUCAGAUGUAAAGAUCAACACUUUUAAAUUACUGUGGUAAUUAAAUAUGUUCAAUAUGUACUUUUCAGUACACUUAUUCUGCCAGGUGUUUAUUUUUUAGUUACUUGAAACUGUAAUAUUCCAAGGGUCAAAAAAAUUAUGUGCAAUCAUAAAAAUUGCAAUUUAUUUUGUAAAUAAUGUAAAGUGUUUUAAAGCCAAAUGGAAAAUAAGAUAUGGACUAAAAUCACUCGUGUUUUACAAGAGGAACUUUUACUAUAAUAAAUGCUAUAAAAUAAAA